UCCUGAUCAAGGUUAACCUUUGCAGUACUGCCCAAAGUCCAAGCAGCUGUUUCCGUCAUUAUGGCUGUGGGGGGCGCGUCACGGUAAAAUGCUGUCCCCCCGGGUGAACCAAAGUUGCACAUCUAGGUUUGAACAAACGUGCCAGUGGAUAUGGCAUCAUGUGCAAGCUCAUCAAAUUAUCGCAAGCGAUGUCCUCGAUAGUCUAUUAUCUACAUUUUUUAUUGCAAGAUUACCACGGUGAGCACGCAAGUAGCAAUCCAACGUUGUCUCGGCGUUCUGAAGUGCAAGUCGUACUGCGCGUGCCAAGGGGACCCUGUGCGCUCCUUGUACUCGUCCGACGCUGGACGACAAGUAUUUAAUCCUUUAGUGAACGCAUCUGCGGAUCAUUGAAAUGUCCGAGUCUGUGGUCAUGCAUUCAUUCCAUCAUUCUCAAUCGCACUCCGCAAGCUUGGAGCGUGCGAGCUCAGCCCAGGACAAGGCCAUGUUGCAACGGCAGUACAGGGCAAAGGAGGCGCAUGCACUUGCAGAACUCCAAAAAUUACUUCAUGGCAUAUCCCCAGGCGCAGAUACCUAUCUGACUCGACUUGGGACGAUUGUUCAAGCUACAGAAAUGAUUAAAUUCCUUCAUUAUCGCAACACCAUGUUGGAGGAACUUCAUGAAUCGCCACAUCCGGAACCAGGCUAUAGUGCCACGGCAGCCUUCGACUGUCAUCUGGUCCAACACCCAUUAGCUGACUGGAAAUGGGGCAAUGACCAUGUGGAUGAAAGACAUCAACACUCGGAUGGCGCGUGGAACCCAGGUUGUCCGACAUCUUUAAAUGGUGUCGCGAUGUCUAGUAACAGAUCUGUCUGGCACUAGCUAGUGGUAGUAAUACUCUUUACAUGCUUUCCUCUCGAGACAGGUUUUACAUAAUUUCGUUCUUGAUCAGUUCAGUUCGCUGCGCCCCAUUGUAUAUAUCAAUACAAGCUGAUUGACAAAUGAAUAUUUGAAUGCUUC